AUGCAGCGAUUGUUAGAGAAAGGUUUGAAUGGGACUCGGCUAGGAAGAUAUUGGAGUUGGAACUACCGACAACUGAUGAAGAAGACCUUCCUUUCUGGAAUCAUCAUCCCUUGGGAUAAUAAUCGGGAUUUUUCCUUCUACAAACUAAUCUGGAAGCUUAAUAUUCCAUCAAAGUGGAGUUUAUUCCUAUGGAAGCUGUGUCGAAAUGGAGUGGCUGUUAAGCACAACCUGAUCCAACGAGGAGUGGAAAUUGAUGGGGGGUGCGACUCUUGUGGGAUGGAAAAGGAAGAUAUUCAACAUAUUUUUAGAUUAUGCUCGUUUGCGAGAUAUUCAUGGAAUAAUUGUUCUUUGCAUAUUAACUCAGAAAUGGAUGGAUCUACUCCCUUGGGACACUGGAUUCAGAGUCAUAUCCUGCUUUUUCAUAGCGAGGAUGGGAAGCACAGUAGUAGGAUACAUGUGUUUGUGGGCACUUUGUGGAGCCUCUGGUUAACUAGGAACGGAAGGGUAUUCAGAAAUGAAGGCGGGUAUCUGGAUGAUUUUUAUAGACAUUAUAAUCAAUCUAUGAAAACUCUUGUUUCAUUCCUCACACCUAAAGUGAGGUCCAGGGAGGCACUACAAUUAUCAGAUAAUGGGGGAGGUCAGCCGCCAGGUUUUAGAAGAUUUAAUAUUGGACGGUGUGGUACUCUCCUGGAGACACCCAUGGGUGAAAGUAGUCAGGUGGUGAUUAUGGUCGAUGGCUCAUGGAUGAAAAGCACGGGCCAUGCAGGCUUUGGAUGGGCUUAUUCCUCAAAUGCAGAGGAUUUUCAGGAAGGAGGAGGGGAUUUUGGCACUGCCCUAUCGGCACUUCAUGCGGAACUAUUAGCUUGCCUUAAAGCUAUUAGGUAG